AUGGCCCAGACGCUGUUCUGUGAGCUAGGCAUUGAAUCUCCCGUGGAUACCCGGCAGGAAGCCGAGACUGACCUGCAGCGUGGCAGUGAGCUCACGGUGUACAUCACGGACAAGCAGAGCAAGUCGGGAAAGGUAACCCUUGCGCUGCAACCGUCUCAUCUGCCAAAACAAAGCUGGGAAGAUAUCAUUGCUGAUGGACAGACACCCUAUAAUGGUGUUGUUCGGCGCAUUCUGGACUCUGGUGUGCUUGUUGACAUUGGGUAUGACUCCCUUUGCUUCUUGCCCAACUCCCACUUACCCAACAACUCUGCCACUGACAAUUUCAGACUUGGCCAGCACUUGACGGUUUAUGCGGUGCAGAAGCGGGUAACGACGGGAAGGGUGUCCCUUGCACUUGAGCGACGUCCCCGUCCUUUGGAUUGCCCUUGGAAGACGUAUCCUGCGACGGACCACGAUGAUCCAGCCCUUUUAAAAAGGCAGUCCACUUUGAAAGCGGGCGACAUGAUCACUGUUUAUCCAAUCUGUAAAGACUUGAGCAAUGGGCGCGUCUACCUCUCCAUGAAGAAGCGCGAGGCGCCCAUCCUUUCCGUCUGGGACCUCUCUGCAGAUGGGCAGACGGCCUAUCCUGCGCGGGUGGUUUCUGUGCAUGGGAAGGACUGCACGAUGGAUCUCGGAGCCGACAUGCGGGGUCUGCUAACCCGAUCCUCUGCUCCCAUGGAAGGCUACAAGGAGCUGGAGAUAGGGGAAACCGUCCAGGUGUACAUUAUUCGACGCAAUUCAGGGACUGGUUCGCUGACAUUGUCAUUGACACCAUGGCCGUUCCGCAAGGUGAGUGUUGCGGAAACCUUUGCCGACUUCCAGCGUGACAAUUUGAAGGUUUAUGACGGAGAAGUGUAUUGUAUUCAACAUGGGCACAUCUUCCUGGACAUUGGAUCAGAGGUUGGAGCAGUGAUGCCUGACACAGUGCCGUUGCCAUCCGCUUGCCAGAUCGGAGACCACAUUCGCGUUACAAUUUCUCAUCACGACCCUCGGCGGGGGAGGUUCUGUGUGAUGCCAGCUGAUCUGCUGGCAAGUCAGGAGGGGAGAGGCCCUGCUGAGUAUGAGGAUGGCAAGCAGGCGGCAAAAUGCAUUCCUGUGGCUUUCGAAGCGAAUCGUGCUGUACUGGAAGAUCUGGAAGAUGAUGCCAUGAAGAAGGAGAGCAGUCAGUUGUCAGGACCUAGUGCGGGACCCGACCCUCCGAAUGCCAAGGGCCGGCUGCAAGAAGUAGUGCAGAAGGAGACAAAGCAGGUGCUGAAGCGCGGUGACAUCGUCUACACCGUCCGCAGGGAUGGCGAGCUCUUUUCAGCCGAGGUUCGGCUGAAGGAGCAGUUGUUGAGCUUGAUGCCGACAUUUUCCGAUACCUUCCAGGGCGACGCGCGACGAACGAAGGUGCAGGCAGAGCACAGUGCUGCGCAGGAAGCACUGCGCACUCUGCGGGUAGGCAAAUGA